AUGGACACCCAAACCCUUGAUCUUCUCAAGAUAAGAGAUGAUGUCACAUGGUACAUAAGGAAGCUAGGCUUGAGCAAGCUCUUCAAGCUAGAGUGUAGCGAUGCCAAUGGGCGCAUCUCCAUCUCAGCUCUAUGCCAACUCUUUGGACUUCCCAAUGAGACAGCACAUGACUUCAAGGAGAACUCAAAGAGGAAACAAGCUGCCUUUGCUGAUUGGACACACUUUGCCAAUGAACCAUUCUUGCCUUCAAGAUCAAAGGUGUCUAGAAUCACUCAUCCAGCCAUUCGCUAUGUGCACCGCCUCAUCUCCACCACUUUCCAAUGCAAACAAGAAGCCAACAAGACAUUCAUCAAUGUGAGGAAGCUAGCUAAAGACUUGGAAGGCAACAAGAAGCUUUGUGUUCGUUUUGGGAGGCUUAUCACGGCCAUAGUACAACAUGUGGGGAUUGACAUUCCCAACUAUGAGCCACUACCCAAGCCAACCCCUUUGGAUCUCCAUGCUCUUCAGCACAUCCACUUCCUAAACCGUUGGACUAAAGACCCAACUAGGUUUUGCCGAUCUCUUGCCUCAGCUGGACAUGAAAAAGGAAUAUAUGUCGGCUUUGCAGCAGGAGAGUUCGAGUGCGCUCACGCAGUCGCUCCGCCUCAGCCGGAAGAACGAGGUGAAGUUCUAGAAAUAGAAGGUGGAAAACGAGAAGGAGGCGAUCACCUCGAACUCCAACCCAACAUCGAUCUCCUCGAAUCGCUGAUCUCCGGGGUAGCCAACCAGGAAGAAGGGCUCGCGAGGCUAAAAGAUCUCGAAUGA